GGUCUUGCUGGGCUGGAGCAAGCGCAAGACCAUUCGAAUUUCUUGUAUCUACUUUCAUAAUCUUUUUGGAUUAUCUAAUUUCGAAUUUCCUCACCCAACGGCCAAAAGUUAGGUCCUCUAUUCACUCCCAUUCUCGGCAGUUCACGAUCCCGACACAUCCAGCCAUCCCUCCUCCCUAUUCCUCCUCGCCGGCGACGGUGGUCAGCGCUAACCACCCCGCCGAGCUCCCAUUCGUCCUCCUCCAUCCCACGCAGCCGCGGCGAGUAGCAUCGAGCGGCUCCCUCUCCUCUGCACACUUCCCAGCCGGCUCUGUUUCUGAGUUUUCUCCCUUCCCCGACCUCCCAUUUCUGUUGAAUAAUCCGUUUCUACUGUCCAGUCAGGACGCAGUUGGCAUUAUCGCGAAGAUACGAGUGUAUGGUCUCUGGUGACAACAAUGCCCACGACGCCUGGCUUCUACUCACGCAGAAGAGAGGAUCAAGCAAUUUGUCCCGUGAGGCCAUGACCAGUUAUGGUCUUCCCUCCCUGCAAAGAAAAGUUUCCAGGUCAUGGAGGCUCCUUGGUCGAGGCAAAAUUAACUGCCGUAUGCAAAUCUAGCUAUCACAGGUGGCACCGUCAGGUCGACUGGAUUCUAGUUCCUCUACCUGCAGAAAGCCGGAAACCCGCUGGCAGCUCAAGCGACGACGCUCGCCUCACAUGGAGAGGCGACUUGACCGGCCGGCCGGCCGGCCGGCCUUCAUCGAUCUCUGAUACACACGUAAGUACCCACGACUAGAUCUUCCAUCCGUGGCUCAGAUCUCAGAUAAUUGUUUCUCAAGUCAACUCGAGAUCGUGUGCAGUGCUGCUGAUCAACUGGGGUAACUGGCAUUUGUCUGCCCGCGUUUCGAAUCUGCGCGCGCCUGCCUAGAUCAUCCAAGGUUUUCUUCUCCCAAGUCAACUCGUGUGUCACAGUGUCAGUAGUUAUCUUUUUUGAUGGGCAGUGUGUUAGUAAUUAUCAAUUGUAUGCAUGUCCCUCUGAUCUAGGCAAAGCCAGAGAGCAGCUAAAUAUGUCAACGAAAUGAGCACAUUAAUUACACAGCUUGGGUUUACACGUGACUCCGAUCCAGCAACCAGUAACCAUUGUUUUGCUCUGCCAAGGUUACCACCACUAUAAAUAGGUAGCUUUGCUCGCCCAGUCUGCACAAGCCCCCCUGAUAUCUGCGAUUAGGGUGGUGAUCCUACAAUGAGAUUGCUGCUCGUUGCAGUUCUUCCUCUUGUUAUCCUUAUCAUUUCUUUCCCCAUAUCUCGAGCCUAUGAUAGGGGCUCGUCAGCCGGACAUGAUAAUAGCAAUGUGCAUAAACCUAAUGGUGUAGGGCCAGUGAAGAAUCCCCAUUGUCCUAAGCCUGGACGUGGUCCAAAUCCCCAUGAAAAAGGUGAACCUGGCAAUAAUGGAUGGCUUCCACACAGAAAAGAGUGCGAUGGUGAUGAUCCCUCUCCCACAACACCAUCGAGCCCCCCUCCACCAUCUCCCUUGUACCAAGCUAACGAACCCCCUCCCCCACCACCGUCAUUGAGUCCACCGACUAUCGCUCCAUCUAGUCCCUCUAUGACACCUCCUAAUUCUAAUCCCCUUGCUACACCUCCAACGUACCAAUCUAAUGGCAAUCCACCUCCACCACAAUACAGUAGCCCACCAACAUUCGCCCCAUCUACUUUCUCACCACCACCUAGUCCCCCUGCUACACCUCCACCAUACAGAGGUAAUGACCAGCCCCCACCACCUCCACCCUCAUUUAGUCCUCAACCACUGCCACCAUCCUCUAGUCUUCCUAAUACCCCACCAGCAUUGUCAAGUCCGUCAGAAAUCGCUCCAUACAAUUCCCCACCACCUCCUUCUAGUCCCCUCGCUACACCUACGUACCAAGAUAAUGAUCAGCCCCCUCCACCGCCACCAUCAUCAUCUGGCCCCUCACCACUUUGGUCUAGUCCACCGGCAACACCUCCAACCUACCAAGUUAACCAACCACCGCCUCCGACAUCUAGUCUCCUUGCCCAAUCAGCACCACCACCACCACCACCAUUUAGCCCCCACGCCACGCCUCCGACUGAUCAAGGUAAUGGACAAACACCACCAUCGCCACCGUUACCACCACCAUUUAGCCCCCCUGCCACGCCUCCCACCGACCAAGGUAAUGGACAACCACCGCCAUCGUCAACGUCACCACCACCAUUUAGCCCCCCGGCCACACCUCCGAUUGAUCAAGGUUAUGAACAACCACCGCCAUCGUCACCGUCACCACCACCAUUUAGCCCCACCACCACACCUCCGACUGAUCAACAUAAUGGACAACCACCGCCAUCGUCAUCGCCACCAUUUAGCCCCCCCGCCACACCUCCGACUGAUCAAGGUAAUGGACAACCACCGCCAUCUGCCACACCUCCGAUUAAUCAAGGUAAUGGACAACCACCACCAUUUAGCCCCCCUGCCACACCUCCGACUGAUCAAGGUAAUGGGCAACCACCGCCAUCGUUGCCGUCACCACCACCAUUUAGCCCCCCCGCCACACCUCCGACUGAUCAAGGUAAUGGGCAACCACCGCCAUCGUCGCCGUCACCACCACCAUUUAGCCCCCCCGCCACACCUCCGGCUGAUCAAGGUAAUGGACAACCACCGCCAUCGCCGCCGUCACCACCACCAUUUAGCCCCCCCGCCACACCUCCGUCUGAUCAAGGUAAUGGACAACCGCCACCAUCGCCGCCGUCACCACCACCAUUUAGCCCCCCCGCCACACCUCCCACUAAUCAAGGUAAUGGACAACCACCGCCAUCGCCGCCGUCACCACCACCAUUUAGCCCCCCUGCCACACCUCCCACCGAUCAAGGUAAUGGACAACCACCGCCAUCUGCCACACCUCCGAUUAAUGAAGGUAAUGGACAACCACCGCCAUCGUCACCGUCACCACCACCAUUUAGCCCCCCUGCCACACCUCCGACUGAUCAAGGUAAUGGACAACCACCGCCAUCGUCACCGUCACCACCACCAUUUAGCCCCCCCGCCACACCUCCGUCUGAUCAAGGUAAUGGACAACCACCGCCAUCAUCGCCGUCACCACCAUCAUUUAGCCCCCCCGCCACACCUCCGACUGAUCAAGGUAAUGGACAACCACCGCCAUCGUCGCAGUCACCACCACCAUUUAGCCCUCCCGCCACACCUCCGGCUGAUCAAGGCAGUGGACAACCACCGCCCUCAUCGCCGUCACCACCACCAUUUAGGGCCCCCGCCACACCUCCCACUGAUCAAGGUAAUGAACAACCGCCGCCAACGUCACCGCCACCACCUACUCCACUAGCAACAACUCCAACAUAUCAACCUCCUAGCCAGCCAAUGCCACCACCCGGCCCCCCUACUGGGACUAAUGGAUGGGUGGAAGUUCAUAACUUCCGUGAUACCUUAUAUUGGCAAAUUGCCCGCUUCGCGGUGUUAAUAUUCAAGUUGGUAAACAAGAAGGAAUACACACUUGUUGAUGUUCUUUAUGUGAGCAUGCAACCUGCAGGAACUGGCAACAACUACUUUCUCGAGAUAAAAGUUGCAGAUGAAAAUAAGAAAGUCGGCAAGUAUCAUGUACUCGUGUGGGGUGUACCUGGGUCGACAACACAAACAUGGAAAUUGUUGAUGUUCCAAUUUGUAGGAAACUAAGCACAUGGUGUCUAAUGGUGAAAGUUCGAAGCUAGGUUGUGUAAGUGUGUUUUUGUCUAGGGCAAAGAUAAAUAGAAAUGGUUUGGUCAAUCUGCGGUGCAUGUUCUAAGAUUUUACUUAAUCGUUGUAGCAAUGAGUAAGGAAUGAUAUCCCACUAUAUAUGAUUGCAAUGAUACAUUUUGGGUUUGUUCUUACUUCAGAACUGCCCCAGAGUUACAGCAUAUCUGUGGAGUUAUAUAACUAUAGAUAGCCCACCUUGGGCCUAUGCUACUGAUGAGGCAUGUUCCUCAUCUCCCAUUUUACAUAAGCUCUGACAAGCUAAUGUAAGAAGCAUUAGAGAUGACUUUCUAGUUUGACGCUUAAUUUGCUGAUGUGCAUUAGCGGUGAACUUGAAGGAAUGGCGAGUUUCGUAGUACUAUACUUUUGUAUCACCUAUAUCUAUAAUAAAUAUUAAUUUGUUGUU